CCGACAACAGAGAUUGAAUGCAUCUCUACUAGACCGCUGGGGUAUCCCCCCAUGGCGUUAUCGUCUGGGUCUCAACGAUUUCCCUAAAAAAUGACCGCUCACUGCUUUACUUCCACUUCGUCGAAGCGUCACUGAUGAUGUGAAUAUUGCUCCCAAAUUCAGACGAAAAUCUUGGUCGACCAUCGCUCUCGCGCGGAUCAUGUCCACGCCGACGGUAUCGGUCCUACUGGCCCGGUUUCGCUCCAUCUGCCCUAUCACAAGACACGCUGAGACAUCGCCUUGCACUGGGGUUUGAUCUUCCUCUCAGAGCACCACACGCUGUCUAUCUUGCCAUGCUGUUCAGGCCGCACAAACAAACCUCUACUUCACCGCCUCGUCCAAAUCAUCUGUGCCCGUGCUCUAGCAUGUAGAUAAUCUCACUUGGACGACUGUACAGCAUGUUCUUCCCUUCACCGCCAGCGCACUGUACAGGCGAUCGCAUUCCAUCGCGGCUCAGACCUCAGAAGGCUUGUCUUCCUUACAUUUCUGGUAGACCUGUGGGAUGUAUGAUCCAGUACUAUCGAUGGUCCGUGCCUCAGAGUUGUUCAUGUCGCACUGAGAUUCGGGACAAGCACAGCCCCCCCUGCGAUGGUGGCCCGGAUUCAUGCUUGUGAUCUCCCUCGGACCCUUUUCAUUUCGACUACGCGACAGCUUUCCUGUAAAUUAUGCAGUUGAGCAGCGCCUUACUGCUCGGGCUGUUGUUCUCUAUGACAUUUUCCUUGCACUCCGAACUCCCUCGACGCUACAACGACUACCCAACCAUGCACGCUGGGUAUUCGCCGUAUGGUAUCUCGGCCAUGACUUCUGACGAGAAACUGCUCGCGUCGCAUGAGGGACACCAUGGUCGAUAUAACGAUCGCCUUGAGGUCAUCCGCGACAGUAGUCCGACUCUGCACUCGUCGCAGACGCUGUCCUUGUACUCAUCGUGGAGUCCAAGUUGGACCCCGUCUCCCAGCGGAUCGUCCAAUGUCUCACUGCGACAGCUGACUCCGUCACCAAACGCCUUCCCUUCUCCUCGGCUCGAUAAUGGGAUGGCGCCUGCAGAAUACGGACAGCAUCUUGAUGUUCCACGCCCGAACCAUCUGCUGGGACAUGCCAGCCCGCGAGCGCUCAAGCAUCCCACCAGGAUCGACUCUCCUGUAGGUUUCGUACUUGUGGCGAUUCGUCUCUUUAUUGACUUCCAGCCCAUCAACGGUCUCACCGAUAACCUGAGGAUUCAUCUAUCCUUGGGAGCGGACUCUUCAGAAGAUACAUAUUUGCGUCAUGAUCCUGACAUGGUUCAUAUCCAAAGCGUUGCAUCUGACGUCAAUAUAUACCAACCACUUCCACAAUACCCGAACCCAUUGGCCGCGCAAGCAUUGGAUGGCGCGUUGAGCGAGCUGGAUGGCAUGAACGUUCCAUACGCUUCGAACCAUAGCGACCACGGAUCAGAUUUUCAGUCCCACCCGGAGCUUUCUAUCGAGCAUCCUCCCAGCUCGUUUCUACCCGUCGGCUUUACAGGUACAACUGCAACUCCUCCCAGACCUAGCGCUGCUGCUCCAGCCUCAUUCAUUGCGUCCACCCAUCCGGGACGCAGCAGUUUCGUCAAGGCGAUAGUCGGAAGCGCAGCCCACAUCAAAGCUGCUUGGAAGCGGAGGAAGGUGGCCGCCAGAUUCGAGUGCCCGGUAUGUCAGCAAUCGUUUACCGCGCAGCACAAUUUGAAUAAUCACCUCGACGCUCAUAUCGGUGCCAGACGGUACUGCCCCUAUUGCAAACGUACAUAUGCUACCGUAAGCAACCUCAAGCGCCAUUUGAAAAAAUGCGAGGUCCCGGGUCGCAGCACGAUCCGAAAUGUCUGAACUGUCCAAAUGUUCUGCUAUUGAUUUCCGUUUACGCUUUGAGCUAUCGGAAUGUUCUGUCCCUCGGUCUAUAGCACCACGUUUUAGUUGAUUAUAUCCCCAUGUUUUGCUUCCUGAUUUCCCAUAAACACUCUUAUGUCAUUCCAACCCACUCGUGCUAUAUCUGCACCAUCAUGUCAUUCAACGGACCUAUAUAAACAUUGCAG